AUGUCUUCAACUCUGAUAUCCAGCGUCUUGGCGCGACUCUUUGCGCCAACAUUUUUAUUUUUAGUUUGUUUAGCACAAGGUACCAGGGUGACAUACCGGAUAGACGAAGAAGUCGCGAUUGGCAUGCGUGUAGGCAACCUUCUCGACCAGUUCGACAGCAUCAAUAAUCGGCUGCGUUUCUUGAAAAUGGCAAACCCAGAAGAUGGAUCGCAAUACUUCACGGUGGGUGAAUUCUCCGGUGAAAUAAGCGUGUUCAAACGACUCGAUAGAGAGGCCUUGUGCUCGAGCCAAAGCAGUCUUAUUGGCUCUCAGUGCAUGCUUCAGAUGAGUGUCAAUUGUCUACAGUCGAGUGACCCAAGUGCUUCAUCCAUGGGCCCGGCUCGCCUUGUCGACCAGGUGGAUGUGUUCAUUGAGAUACACGACAUCAACGACAAUGGAUGUCAAUUUCGACCUUCAGCAAGGCAGUUGGUGCAUCUCCUCGAGGACGCUAGGCCGGGGGAAACGAGAAUUCUUCUCAACUUGCCCCAUGACCCGGACGGAGCUGAGAUGGGCUACAGCAUCCAACCAGAUCGCAUCCGCCUUGAAUAUCUCCCGAGUCAGAACUCGACGGCUGAGCAACGGUUUCGCUUGAACGUGGCGCAAAUCGGCGCCAACAACGAGGCAACAGGGCAUAACUCGAAAAUGCACGACUACCCCAGACCGCUGAGUCAGUCAUCGGGCACCGAGCAAAACUUUCGCCUCGAGCUUGAGCUUAUUGCAGAGUUGGAUUAUGAACAACAGAAAGAAUACAAGUUGCUGGUUGUGGCAGGAGACAGUUCGUCAAACGCAACCUACUCAUGCACUCUGGAAGUCACCAUCCAAGUCGACGACACCAAUGAUCAUGUACCAACUUUUGAUCGCGAUGUCUACACUGUAGACGUGGAGGAGUACGCCAACUUAGGCCACCUCAUCGCGACAGUUGCAGCCAAAGACAAGGACUCUGGUGAUAACGCCCGUAUCAUCUACUGGUUCGAUCCAUUCACGCCGGAGGUGGCCUUGUCUACGUUUAGUCUAAACGAAUCGUCUGGCGCCAUUCGACUCGAGCGUCAGCUCAACUACCAUCGGACGCCGGAAUACCGACUGACAAUUCGUGCCAGCAAUCCAGGCGCCAUGGAAACAAUGAACGCUGGACAGAGGUCGUCCGGCUCGUCAGGCGGACGACCAUUUACGGCCGGACGAUUUGGUACCACUCAACUUGUGGUGACUGUGCGUGACGUCAACGAUCAGGCGCCCAAGAUCAAGAUGUACUCCCCGACUGGCAGUCUGGAGCUGACGAUUCCGGAAGAGUCGGUGGCCAACCAAGACGUGGCAUCGAUUUCCGUGACAGAUGACGACUCCGGAGAAAACGCCAGGAUUUCUUGUGAACUGGCAUAUCAAUCGGCCGAUGGCAUUCUGCGAUUGGGAGAAUUGAAUUCGGAAGUUCGUAGUUCAACAGAGGGAAGGCGUCCGCACCUUGCCUACCAUAGUCCGGGAUCUGGCCUCUUGGACAAAGAAAGUCCAGGGGUUCGAAAGUACAAACUGGUUGUAGAAAAGAGCAUUGACCGCGAACGGUUGGCAGUUGUUCACUUCACUCUGCGCUGUUGGGAUCACGGCAUUCCACGACAAAUGAUGAACCAAUCGAGCAGUUUGCGGGUGCUCGACAUUAACGACAACGCUCCACUGUUCCCGGUAGAACGAUACGUUGUCAACUCGUUUGAGGACCAGCAUCCAGAACGCGUGAAGGCCAAUUAUGCGCUGAUCCAAGUGAAGGCUAGCGAUUUGGAUGAAGGUGAAAAUGGCCGGAUUCGGUACAGUUUAGAUCCUGAGACACCGUCUAACCUGCUCAAUCUGCUUCAAGUUGACCCGGACACGGGCUGGCUCAGCUCCACUGGAGGAUUGGAUCGCGAACAAUUGCCUGAAUUCACUUUGACAAUAGUUGCCGAAGAUGCCGGCCUGCCGACACCACAGACCGGCAGUGUGAAAGUUCAUGUACGCCUUCUUGAUGUGAAUGAUGAGUCACCAGUUUUCCAGCGUUCCGAGUACAUUUUUGGCUUGAGAGAAAACCAGCCAAUCGGUCAACUGGUCGGAGUGAUCUAUGCCGCCGAUAGUGAUCUUGGCCAGAAUGCUGAAGUCACCUUUCGACUGGAGGAGGCCAGUUUGGUCACUCCAGCUUUGCAACAAUCUGGUGCUCAAAGGAUCAUGACUCAAAUAGGUCUUAACUCCGAUCUCGUCCCGCCGGGACUUCGGCAGUCAAGGAAAAGAGUGAUGCCACAAUUACAGCAUCAACUGCAGAAAAGCAGUCUGCUACGACUUGUAGUUAAGCGUAUAGAGUCAACGAGUACAUUUGCUGAAGAAAGUGCGGAAGGUUUGGCCUCUUGGCUUUCCGCCCGGGAAGGUGCUUCCGUCUACCAGAUUGACCUCUUCACAAAUGCCUCUGUAGAUCGAGAAGCUCUGCUCUCAGAGGCGGUCAGUAGCAGUGACGAAGGCACGGAUAUUGAGGGUGAGGAACUUGGCAGACUCAGCAGAGAUGGUGAAGAUCUCCAACACCGUUACAGUGAAAUGCUCGUUGGACGGAUGGGUUUCGAAGUUGCCAUGACUGGACUGCAUUCAUCCUCGACACGGCUAGCAACAGCCACGGAUUCUGUGGAGUAUGAUGCUUCAGCUCCGUUGCUAGUAAUGCACAUGCGAGCCAGUGAUCAUGGCGUUCCAAGCCGGCUUGGCCGCACGAAGAUAUGUCUACGAAUCCUUGAUCAGAACGACAAUGUACCAAGAUUAACUUUUCCCGACCCCAACAACCUAAAUGCCUCAUAUGUCCUCGUUUCCUACAAGGAGUUAGUCGGGUACGAUUUUACCAAAGUGAGUGUAAAAAUGCUCAAAAAGUGCCUAUUAUUUUAA